UUCGCAGCGCCUUGCCACCGAACUUGCUGCAGGACCAGCGUUCUCGUUCCAAAGCCUCACGCCAGCCAUCAAAUACGACUCCCUACGACCUUUGCUUCUACCCUACGCGUUCUCUCCGUAUACAUUCACUACCUCUUCAUACUCAUACACACCGAUUAUCUCGUAACAUGGCUGCUUCCAAAGGAUGGUUCAAUCUCGAAGCUGCCAGUGGCACGAUCCCUGAGACUCAGUUCUUCGAGGGGGAUUCCGCGUUCAAGUUCCUUGGGUUGACGCGUAUGCAACGGCUGUAUGGAUUCGGAGGAUGUCUGGCAUUAGGUUUCAUUCUGAGUAUAUUGGGAACGGCAUUACUGUUCGUCGGUCAGCUCACAAGCUUUGCGCUCCUGUAUGCUCUGGGUACAGUCAUCUCGUUAAUCGGCACUGGUUUCCUCAUCGGUUUCCUGAAACAAUUCAAAUUGAUGUUCAAGCCUAUUCGCGUAGUAGCCACAAUAGUCUUCAUAGCUUCGAUAGUUCUUAUAUUCGUCGGCGCCUUCGUGCUCAAGAGUGGGAUCCUGUGUAUCAUCUUCGUCAUUAUCGAGUAUCUCGCAUAUACAUGGUACACACUCUCAUAUAUCCCCUAUGCGCGGUCCGCCGUCCUCAAAGUGUUUGGGCUUUGAGGGCUUGGCAUUUCCACUUCGAACGACCGUGUGUUUGGAACUAUACCAUGUGCUAUUUCUGGGAUGAACUAUCGACAAUUGUAUCGUACAAAAGUAAUGUGUCUGUCGUUGUAUGUCUGUCACUUUUUGGAUGGUGUUCCAAUGCUAUUUAUGUUAAUUCUGGGUGAAGGACAACGCAAAAUGAGCAUUGCAGCUAGUAGAUGCUCUUG